CAGAAAUCUCAGUUUAGUUCAGAACACUCUCGGCUUCAUUAUAAACCUCAGAAAAACAAAAAAAAAAACACAAAAUUUCGAAAAAAUUACUUUUAGUUCUUCAAAAUUUAGUUUGAGUUUAGUUUUGGAAGCCAUCCAGCCAUACAGCCACAAUGCCUUUCUUUCGUGAAUUGAACUACGAGCAACGCCAGGCACUAGAGGAAUGGUUAAAGAAAUAUGAGGUGGAGCUGAAUUUUCGCACGCGCAACGAAUUCAGCGACGCCUUCGCGGUGGCAAAACUCUUCGACAAGGUGCACCCCGGACUCGUGGACUUCAGGUGCUAUUUGGCCCGCAGCAGCGUGGCGCUGAAGAAACAAAACUGGCAUAUAUUCAACAUAAGGACUUUGAAGCGUAUGAAUAUGGGCCUGAGCCAACGGGACCUCUACAGACUGGCCCGCGGCGGCGGAUGGGCCCUCGAGACGCUGCUCUACAAGCUGAUGAUGACCGAUGUGCCGCCGAGGGUCGAGGGCGGGGAGGAGGGGACACUCCAAGAGAGCAGAGAUUAACCAAACAGAGAGAAUGGUACUGGCGUACGGCUAAGGAAUUGACUGUAUAUACAUUUUCGGAAUCUUUUGAAUAAAUAUUUAAAUCGAUAAAAAAAACUGAUACAAAUGCA